AUAAACAUCUAAAAAUACAAGGAAGCAACCUAAAGUGAUAACUAAAAUGGCAGUGGUUUGACCUAGCUAACAAAAGAUCGAGGCCGAUGAACUGGUGACGUAACGUCUUAGCCACGAGGCUUGGGAACCAAGCAAAACCCUGCGCAGGACGCUCAUCAGCAAAUUACAUGGAAAUAAGGUUUUAGAAAAUGGUCCAACCAAGAUUGGGUGGCUCAUCUGGGCAGAUCUACAUUUAUCCGGAAUUGAGAUUUCUGACUGGUACACAAUCCAUGCCCAACUCAGGCUGCAGGUCGUCAAUGCUCAACUGGAAGUCUAUGACUAUAAUUACAAGAAGUGCAGGAAGUGAUGGCCCAGAUGUCUGGGUUGGAUGGACUGUGCUCACUCAGUGGACCUGAAUGAUAAACUGAGUCGCCUAAGGGAGCAGUGUGCGGCGAUGGUCCUGAAGAACAAAACAGAGGCUGAGAGCUGGUUUCAGAGCAAGGUGGACAGCAUGAAGACCCAAGUGACCAUCUGUUCCAAUGGGUCCGAGGUCAGGUAGACAGAGAUAGAUGACCUAAUGAGAAUUGUCCAGAACCUAACUCUGGAGUUGCAGCUACUGGAGACCCAGAAUCUGUCAAUGGAGAGCGACGAGAUGGAAGUGAACGAGCGAUACAGUGUUCACCUCAAUCGGCUUCAGCAGCACUUGGACAGCCUGGAGGAGGAGGAGCUGCUGCAGCUAUGUACAGCCACAGAGCAGCAGGCGGUCCCAGUACCAGAUGCUACUGGACAUCAAUAUCAGGCUGGAGCGGGUGAUUGCUGAGUACAGGAGGCUGCUGGAUGGAGGGGGAGCCAGCAGGAAAUCAAGCGCCAACGCCAUGGCUAGUGUCACAUCACAUCUUCAUGCCAAUUCAGAGUUCCUCCAUUAGCGUACCAAGAGCAAGUGUGCCAAGUAUUAGUGAGACCUCAAGCAGUUUGGAAAAUGGAGGACAAGUGGUAGGUGCAGCCAUUGGGGGCACAGGUUACCCGUGUGCAGAAAGUAUCUCUGUACAACGCCUUUGAUAAAAGAGAAGAGUACAGUGUACACAAACUACUAAUCAGGUUAGCACUGUAAAAGAGUUUAGAAAGUGGGCACCAAGUUGAAUAUUCAGAGAGUUGCGCCAACACCAGCUCUGCACAACAUGGAGCUAGCGCUAACACCAGCUCUGCACAACAUGGAGCUAGCGCUAACACCAGCUCUGCACAACAUGGAGCUAGCGCUAGCACCAGCUCUGCACAACAUGGAGCUAGCGCUAACACCAGCUCUGCACAACAUGGAGCUAGCGCUAACACCAGUUCUGCACAACAUGGAGCUAGCGCUAACACCAGCUCUGCACAACAUGGAGCUAGCGCUAACACCAGCUCUGUACAACAUGUUGGACCACUGAUAACUAGUGCAGUAAGUGGACAUACGAUAACUAGUGCAGGAAGUGGACAUAUGAUAACUAGUGCAGGAAGUGGACACAUGAUAACUGGUGCAGGAAGUGGACAUAUGAUAACUAGUGCAGGAAGUGGACACAUGAUAACUAGUGCAGGAAGUGGACAUACGAUAACUAGUGCAGGAAGUGGACAUACGAUAACUAGUGCAGGAAGUGGACACAUGAUAACUAGUGCAGGAAAUGGACAUACGAUAACUAGUGCAGGAAGUGGACAUACGAUAACUAGUGCAGGAAGUGGACACAUGAUAACUAGUGCAGGAAGUGGAGAAUGGAUGGUUUAUGGUAGAAGUACAGGAAGACUCAUUGGUCCAGAUAGCGGAGGCAGACUCAGUGAUCCAGAUAGCGGAGGCAGACUCAGUGGUCCAGAUAGCGGAGGCAAACUCAGUGAUCCAGAUAGCGGAGGCAGACUCAGUGGUCCAGAUAGCGGAGGCAGACUCAGUGGUCCAGGUAACGGAGUCAGACUCAGUGGUCCAGGUAGCGGAGGCAGACUCAGUGGUCCAGAUAGCGGAGGCAGACUCAGUGGUCCAGGUAACGGAGUCAGACUCAGUGGUCCAGGUAGCGGAGGCAGACUCAGUGGUCCAGGUAGCGGAGGCAGACUCAGUGGUCCAGGUAACGGAGUCAGACUCAGUGGUCCAGAUAGCGGAGGCAGACUCAGUGGUCCAGGUAACGGAGUCAGACUCAGUGGUCCAGGUAACGGAGUCAGACUCAGUGGUCCAGGUAACGGAGUCAGACUCAGUGGUCCAGGUAACGGCGUCAGACUCAGUGGUCCAGGUAACGGAGUCAGACUCAGUGGUCCAGGUAACGGAGUCAGACUCAGUGGUCCAGGUAACGGAGUCAGACUCAGUGGUCCAGGUAACGGAGUCAGACUCAGUGGUCCAGGUAACGGAGUCAGACCUUUAAUACCUUUAAAUGACCAGUAUCACAAUGCACCGUCAUGCUAGAAAACAUGAAAACAGCCUAACUAGCUCUGCUACGGUGAGUAAAAUGGUCAGAGUGAAGUGUUCUCUCAUUUGUGUCUGGAAGUAGCUAGCAAGUUAGCCAACUUUAGCCAGUUAGCUUGAGUGCUAGACUGCAGCUGUGAGGUCAGAACGCUCUGAUCAACGCUACUCUGUCAGAGUGUCCAGCUGUGUAGCAAAAACCAAAACUUGCACCCCUUGGAGUCACAAGGAUCGAGGUGGGGAAACGCUGCCAUAACCCCACUGCCACCAUGGGGAACUCUGUUCACAACGUUUACAUCAGCAAAUCACUCGCCCACACAAUGCCAUAGCACUGUCUGCCAUCUGCCCAGUAGUUGAAACCGGGAUUCAUUCAUGAAGAGCACACUUCUCCAGUGUGCCAGUGGCAUUUGCCCACUGAAGUCAGUUACGACGCUGAACUGCAGUAAGGUCAAGACCCUGGUAAGGAUGACAAGCACGUAGAUGAGCUUCCCUAAGACAGUUUCUGACAGUUUGUGCAAACCCACAUCAGCUGUCCUGGUCUCAGACAAUCCCACAGGUGAAGAAGCCGGAUGUGGAGGUCCUGGGUUGGGGUGGUUACAUGUGGUCUGUGGUUGUGAGGCUGGUUGGACAUACUGCCAAAUUC